GAGGAAGGAUGCGUCUGUCCUCCAUCCUCCAUCACUUCUUACCGGAGCGCGAGUGCGAACGCUGCUGGCCAAUCAGAGCGCCGAGGGGCGUGGCCUGUCCUGAAUACGGGUGUCGCUGAAGGAGACGGCCGCCUGUGCGCGAGCGGCUCUAGCGAUGGUGGACGCGGCAGGCGCGCGCAGGCCUGAGCUCGAGCCUGACGUACCGGUGCCGGAAAUCACUCCGCUGGACCGGUACCACCCGGGCCGAGCCCGAGCGCGCGCGGGGAUCCGCUGGCUGAUCAGCAAGGCCUACGGGCGCGCAGACAACAUCCCCACAGAUCUUUCUGAGGCUCUAGCUGAUGGUCAGUCUGAUGAUGGAUUCGGCCCUCCAGUGGAACGCGUCCUGCUGUCCAGUGAGCUGUACUGCAGCGCUUUCACUUCUCUCCCACAUGCAGUGUCUCAAACACACACCAGCUCACCAGCGCCCCCUAGAGACCAUGCCAGCCUGCUGCAGAUCCUCCAGCACCGCGGCCUGGCUCCAACCCACUCACAGAAACCCGUCAUAGACGCACAGCUUACCUGCAAACCUGUCAAUAUGGGUGCACAUUUGGCUGUGAUCGAAUCGCUGAUGUCGCUGGCUGCCAUGGAGACUGUGGGUGAGGUCAAGAUGGCCAAAGAGGCCGACCAGUUUGGCGAUGGAGCAAGCUGGGAGAAUUCUCUCCUCUUCUGGAUCAACAAGCUGAAUCAGAAGCUGAGGGAAAGUACAGAGGCAGAUGAUGCUCAGAAGCCACAGCCCUGCACAGAUUUACAACCAGUCCAGCCAUCAUGUCCAACACGCUGGUAUUGGAAGCUGGUCCCACAUGCCAUCGCUUUUUGUUUGAAGGAGUCGGGGAAAAAACCUCCUGUGAUCCGCUACAGGAAAGAUAAAGUGCGCUCUAAGCAGACUCCUACCUUUUCAGUCGUGUCCGGAGUGAAAGAUCUGUCUAACGGCUGUGCCAUCGCCGCUGCUAUACACUUCUACUGCCCCCAGCUUCUGCCCCUGGAGGAGGUGUGUUUGAAGGACACCAUGUCUGUGGCAGACAGUCUGCAUAACCUGCAGUUGAUCAGAGAGUUCUGCAACAGCCAUCUGAAAGGCUGCUGCCCCCUUGUGCUGGAGGACCUGCUCUACACCCCACCUGUGCUACGGGUGAGCAUCAUGUGCUUCCUCUCCGAGUUACUGGCAGUGUUUGAAGUGCAGAAGCCGGAUUUCGUCAAGCCUGCUCACACGCUGGACCUUACAGAUGCCUCUGGUAUGGAGGACUGCACCAGUCCAAUCAGUGGCACCAGUGGCUCUCCAUCCUUCCUGUUUAAGCAGCCGCUCUUACCCAUCUCAUCCCCUUCAUCUCCUGGAGGGAAAACCGAGGGUCUGGGCUGGAGUAAGAAGCAGAUCAGUCGUCCACUCUCUGCAGUGACUUUCAGCAUCCCUUUCCCUCUGGACAGUGAUGUGGACGUUGUCAUGGGCAACCCACUCUUCCGCUCUGUUAGCACCGACAGCCUCACCAACCUUGCUCCCUACACACCUCCAGAAGAUCUGAGCAAGCUGAUUGGCCAGGCGCCACUGGGGGAGUUGCCCACUAUCGAAGAGGCACUACAGGUCAUCCACAUGGGUCGAUCUGUGCGGAAUGAGCCAGAGGGGGCACCGGCGGGCUUCUUCCUGCACUCCCCCGAGAAAGAGGACAAGUCCAGGCUGAGCAGUUCUGCCCCCUGCAGGUCAGGAAUGAUGUACCGACCAAUCGGAGGCAGCGGGAGGCGAGGGGGCAGGGUGGGAAGGCCAGUGGACUGUUCUAGAGAUGAUGAUUCUGUUCUCAGAGACGGAAGCAUAGAUUCUGAUGCUUCGGAAGAUUUCUCCUCAAGGUCUAACCCUGGAACUCCAUCCAAUGGUCUGAAAGGAGGCCGCAUGACGAGUUUUGCUGAGCAAAGGAAGAAGCUUCCAGAGUCACCAGUGGCCUCCAGGGUGCAGGGAUUGGAAGAGCCUUCUAGCCCAAUGAUCAUGAGCCCUGCUGGGGCAGUAGAGGCCCAGGAGCUGGGGGCUCGCCUGGAGGAGAAGCGACGUGCCAUCGAAGAACAGAAAAGAAGGAUUGAAGCAAUUUUCGCCAAGCACAGGCAGAGGCUGGGGAAGAGUGCUUUCCUCCAACUGCAGAGGGAGCAAGGGGAAGGAGCAAAUGGGGGCAAAGGCAAAGAAGAGACAGAGUCGCUCAGUCUGGAUGAGAGGCUGACUCGCAUGGAGGAGGAGCUAAAGCGGGAGGAGGAGCGAGAGAAAGAGGAGGAGAAGGAGAAAGAGAAGAAUAAAGAAGAGGCGAAAGAGAAAGCUCCACCCAAAUUAGAAAAGCAGGUCACGUUCUCGGUGGAACCCAAAAAAGGGGCAGAGAAAGAGCCGCCCUUGGUCGAAUACAAUGAAGCGGUGUCUAAGCUAAGCUCCGCCUUGCAGUCCUUACAGAGGGACAUGCAGCGGCUUACGGAACAGCAGCAAAAGCUAAUGGGACAGAAAACAACUGCGUCACCUCCAGCCAAAGCCGCAACUUCUUCUCGAAAAACCCCACAUCCCAGCAAGGCUUGGGUCAUUCCGGCUGGCACGAAAAGCUCAGUCACACCUUCUGUCCGGAAACCUCAGUCUAGCCGUGACUUCUCACCUUCUGGGUCACCAUCUAAGCCAAGUGCAGGUGACCCCAAAUCACCCAAAGCAUCCACUUCUACAACACCCCGCAGGUCCCAUAAUUCCGCCCUCAAGAGCCCCAAAAGGCAGCAUCCCACCCGUCCGUGUGACCUCAGUUUCCCGCCGCUAACCCGUGUCCUCACGCCACCCCAGAACGUUGACACGCUCCCCCACCUGCGCCGUGUGUCUCCCAGUCAGUGCCAAGUCCAGACUUGUUCUUCCCUCAGACUGGGAGGACCCCGGACCCCCCAGGAACCAGCUUCAGCUCCAGUCCAGGAGAGCAGCUCUGAAUCAGGCUCCAGCACUGAACACACUCCCCUGUUCACACUGGAACUGGAGACCUGUCCUCCGCCGCCUCCCUCUGUCGUGUGUCCUGUGAGCAUAGGUGGAGGCAGCAGUUCAGGAGCCCCCUCUGAAUGCUCGUUUGAAAGCGAUGUGCUCCUCAGUGCCCCUCUGAGGCUGGAGGAGGGCGAGACGGAUCAGGAACAGCCCGAUAUUUUCUCCUCUGAUUCCAUGAGUGACCACACAGAGACCGAGAGCAGGUCAGGGGUCGGGAUUCACUACAAGGACUCUGGUCUCUCUGAGGAACAGAUGGCUUUGAAGAAAGCUCUACUUCUGGAGCGGCAGCAGAGACGAGCAGAAGAGAUCAAGAAGCGAAGACAGGAGCAGGAAAACAGUCGGCUGUGCUCUACAGACGAACUUUGCCCCUCUGUGACUCCUCCCCUCUCCCAGUCUUUGCCAACUACACACACUGUGCCCCCACCACCACAGGCCACACUCCCACCAUCUAAUGCCACGCCCCCAGGCACACCCCAGCGGCGCGGUGCCUUCACCAGAGCAGAGUAUGAACGGCGGCAGCAGCUGAAGAUCAUGGCUGACCUGGAGAAAGUACUGAAGCAGAAAAAUAAAAAACAACUGACCACCAACAAAAACAACACCCACUCACCUCGCAAGGAGAAACCAGCUGAACAGGCCAACAGCUCUCAGACUAACGGGCCGCUGCUUACAGACAAAACAAACAGCAUCACUGAUUCACCAUCAAAGCUGAUGUCACCAGGACGUCUGUCCAAUCAGAAUGGAGAUAAGGACUGGGAAAACGGUUCAAACGCUUCUUCUCCUGCUUCAAUCCCAGAAUACACUGGGCCCAAACUGUUCAAGGAGCCGAGUUUUAAAUCCAACAAAUUCAUCAUCCACAAUGCCCUCUCACGCUGCUGCCUCGCUGGAAAAGUCAACGAGAGUCAGAAGAACAAGAUUAUUGAGGAGAUGGAGAAAAGCUCGGCUAACCACUUCCUGAUCCUCCUUCGUGACUCCAACUGUCAGUUCCGUGCCAUCUAUACUCUGGACGGCCAAUCGGAUGAGCUGCAGCGGCUGUGCGGUGUAGGCCCACGUACCAUUUCCUGUUCUGCCGUGGAGGCCAUUUACAAAUACAGCUCGGACAGGAAGCAGUUCAGUGCGUUGCCGUCUCGCACCGUGAGCAUGAGCGUGGAUGCCUUCACUAUCUCCGCCCACUUGUGGCAGUCCAAGAAACAAAGCACACCAAAAAAAGCAGCCACACCCAAAUAGAAGAUACCACACCCCCUAAAAUAUCAGCACUCCAAAAGAAGAAACAUAGGAGCCAUCUUCAUGAAAGCAAGCUAGGUCUCGGCAUACUUGAUCUUCUUAGGAUAUCCAAGAAGAAUCCGAUUCCUUUUAUGGAUGCUCCUUGUCUGACUAUGUCUAGAUUAUUGGAAUACCCCAGAAUGCAUCUUAGAAUGGAUGAAAGGUAGUGGUGACCAAUUAGCAUGAUUUCCGGUUUCCUCUAGUGCAGCUUUCUUUAGAAAUGUUUAGCUAAUUUCUUCUACUGCAACUUUUCCUUCAUAUUUUGAUGAAAUAUUCAUUAAACAGCAUUCCAACCAUGAAUUGAUCUUCCCAGAACACAGUACAACCAUCGCUCCAAAAAACUGUGACCAACUCUCAAAACCCGCCCACGUAGACCAGCCUCUGCGGGAAGAGUCUAUGGUAAUUGCAUGUAAAUAGAAGAAGCAAAGCACCAGAAAAACUCAAGGCACAUCAAAAAGAGCAUGAACACUUAGUCAGAUAUCUUUCCUAAACAUUUCCUAAGCAUACAUUCUCCCUUGAGAUGUACAUAAAAGCAUUGGUAGACCUUCCCUAAAACUUGGCACGCUAACACAAAAAGUUAUUUCUUUUUAGUGAGAACAUUGCUCAACUUUGGCCUUAAAUCCAGAUAUUGAUUGGCUGGAGGCUUUUAGAAUCUAGCUGUGAAUUGUUUCCAGGGCUGAAAAUCUAAAUUCUGAUUGGUUAGAUGCAUUUACGACCAUCGGCUGAUUGAAUAGAGCAUUAAAACAUUUGAAUGAAUGGUUAGAUGGUUUUAGUUUGAGAUGAGCUGAUGUUGCAUCAGAUUUCUUGGUUGUUCGUAAUUCUAUUUAUGUGUGUUUCUACUGCAGAAAACUGGAACUGUGCUUUUUCAAUUAGCCAUCAGUGCCGAAGGUUCCAUUUUUAUGGGUUAUGGACCCUGUACAAGACUGGUACCCACAGGACCUAAUGGGACCCAUUGUCCUCUCUAUUUGGUAACACUUGCAGCUGAAACAAGCGAAAGUUAGCAAAUUAUUUACUCUUCCAGGUAAGGAUAAUGCCAGUAAGCACUAUAACACCACCUAUAAGUGCACCAGACCAUAAACUAGUAUCAUAUAUUGACAUGUCGAUUGCUGUUUUUUUAGAAUUAUUGCUUCGUGAACACUUUGUGAAGCUUGAUAUAAGCUAGUUAGGAAGGUAAUGCUAAUGUUAUUAGCAUGUGCAGUUAACUUGUUUUCUAUCACAGAUAUGGUGAUUGUUCCAGCCUUCUGACAAAUGGAGGAAAUGAAAUUGAACUAACUAAAAGUUAGUUUUGUUGAUUCAUGUUUUGGUUAGUUCUUGUUUUUGAAUAUGCAGUGGAAAAACGCCUUCAAGCCCUAUUCUGACUGGAUUAGUUUUACAUGAAGAGGUGGGUAAUGUCAUUUGGCCAGCAUUGCUCAGCAAUUUUAGUCCUGUCUAAAUGCACCACUUCAUAAAGUUUCCAGUGCAACCACCUAGCAACACCCUAGCAACCACCAAGCAACACCACAGCAACUACGUAGCAACACCCAAGCAAGCACCGCCUGGAAUACCAUAGUGAACACCUAGCAACACCCCAGCAACCACCUGGGAUACCAUAGCAACCAAAUAGCAACACCCUAGCUACCACCUAGCAAUACCCCAGCAUCCACCGGGGAUACCAUAGUGAACACCUAGCAAUACCCCAGUAAGCCUCCUAGCAACACCCCAGAAACCACCUGGGAUACCAUAGCGAACACCUAGCAACACCCCAGCAACCACCUGACAGCACCCUAGCUACCAUCUAGCAACACCCCAACAACCAACUAGGAUACCACCUAUCAACACCUCUGCAACUUCCUCAAAUACCAUAGUGACCAUUCAGCAUCACCAUAACAACUGCUAACUGUUUGACAACACCCUAGCAACCACCCGGGACCUACUUAAGCUGUGCAAUGUCUGCAUUUUCUUCAGGAAAUGCACUUUUCUAGUUUACACUGAGAUUCCACAUCCCAUUUGAAGAUGUCCUGUGGUAAACUGGCAGCGUCCUGGCUCCUCGUGGUAAACUAAUCCUGUCUGAUUGGCCUUUGGUCAGUGCUCCUGCUCUGAAAUGCUUUAUGAAUCCUGGCCCUGGAUGGUGGGUGUUUCAUGCUCAUUGAAAAUGUCUGUAUCUUCUUGUUUUGUUUGAUUGCACUUUUCUAGCUCCUGACGCAAGAGUGUAAACUUUUCAAUGUACUGGACCUUUUUUUAUUCUCUUGUGGGCUAUUUUAUACAUUCAAACGUCGUAACACGCCAAGUUAAGUAUAUAGUAUUUUUAAGAACCUGCUAAAUCUACAACAGUAUUAGAAUUAGAACGCUGGAACAGAACACAGUUAGAACGUCUCCAUAGUGAUGGAUCUACAUUUUCUACCAUGUAAUUUAUUCUGUUUGUGCGGUUCUGAGAAAUCCAAGCUGUUCCAGACAGACACAAAGCGAAGAGCCCUGUGUGCAUGUUUUUACAUUCCCCAUGUACCAUCAAAGCCCCCUUUUCCAUGUCCCGACCUUCAGCUCUCUCUGAAAGCUCCAAAACAGACAGAUAAAAGAGAAAGAGUUGAAACCUUCACAUUGUCCCGUCUACCAAAAUCUCAAAUGCUGUGAACCCGAUUUGAAAUUCCUGUUCUGCUCUUGAAUAAUGGUUUCCUGGGAAUGCUGUGUUUGUAGGAUGUGGACACGAAGUCCAAAUGCUCCCUGGAACAUUAGCAUCUGGACACAUCCCUAAACCUGCAUCAUCUGCAGAGGUGGCGUUAGCAGACAUAUGUCUUAAAGGGGAAUUGCACUAAUUUCUCUACAUUUUUCUAACAUUUCAGAUGUAAACAGAGCAGUUAACUGUUAUGGUGGUGGAACCAGACGUCCCCCUCUAAAAGCUCCCUCACAGAAAGUUCCUACAUGGCAUGGUUAUGACCACGACUCCUGUUCCCUAUGAAUUCCCGGUCUGAUGACUGAGAUGCUGUGUUAUGAUAGUUUUUUUGAUCAAGUUUCGUGGUGGAGGGAUACAUGCAGGACAUUGUGAGGCGAAAUAGUCCUUAAAGAAAACUCUUUUUUUGGUUUUGGACAGUAAAAAAAUGGCUAAAUUGGUGUUGCAGUCGUGGGACCAACACUGUAAAGAAAUCAGAGUCUCUACUAUUCCACUCUGUUUACAUCACAACGAUGGAAUUUGGUAAAAAAUUUGAAUUGGUGGAAUUCUCCUACGCUAGGCUAAGAGAUGCUCAUUCACCCUGCAAUAGCCACUCUUUCAUGGGUGCUUCUUUCUGGAUUACUGGAAUAUUUUACCACAGAAUGAUAAUGAUAACCCUAACCCUAACCCUAACAAUGGAUGAAAGUUAAAUGGGAACCAGUUAGCAUUUGGCUAACGUCAUUAGCACGCAGCCUUUCAUUUACUCCUGGAAACUCGGAAUCUGCACCACGGUUUAGGAAUCAGCACCACGUGCUAGUUUCCAUUUGGUGGUAGUCACAUUAGCAUUUUUGCCACAACUGGAAGCCACCAGGCCAUAAAACUACCAGUUAGCAUGAGCACAGCUAUGCAAACACCUGGGGUUCAUGCCCUGUUAGUUUCCGGACAUUGUUAGCCGUGUUAGCAUUAACAUGUGACCCAACGGUCAGGCUAUGCUAAUACUGCUGAUUUGCUGAUAAAGAGAAAUAUGGUUACCAUUGGAAACCACUUAAUCUACCCAGCCCUGCACUGACUGGAUCACAUUCUCUCUCUUCUGUCUGUCUCAGAGCGACAGUGUCUCUUGUCCUUCGUAUGUAUGAGUGCGCGUGUGUUUGCGUCGCCGCAUGACUGAGGAAAUCAGAGAACGUAGGUCACUGAGACUUUGUUCAGUCUGUUAUUAAUGUUUAAUAAAAGGAUCAAUAAAACCAUUUUCCACAAUACA